AUGGAUGAUUUGGAUUUAUCUGGACAUACAACUGAUAAGGAGCAAGAGGACUUGCCUUACGAUGGGAACUUGACAGAGAAGGCUGAGCUGCUCCAUAGCCACUGUGAUGAGAUUUUCCCCUUAAUAAAGGAUAUGUCUGAAGCUUUCCAACAACCAAUCUUUUCAUACACAGGAAUGCCUCAAGAAGACACUCACAAGAGAUGUGCAAAUGACAUUUUUCCUGAAACUUCUGUAAUUAAAAAGGGCAAUAAAGAAGAACUAUACACUGGAUUUUUUCACAUUCCAACUAAUAAUAAGAGGCCUUCAAAUUCAAAAAUUUCUGAUGUUUUACUCCAACAUCUGUCCAAAAAAGAGUUUUCAAAUGCUGUCCAGCCUGUUGCUUGUGAAACUUUCCCUGAGCUGUCAUUUGAAAGUUUUGAUGAAACCAUUGUUAAAAGCCUUAUUCUGCACUGUAAUGAAAGUUCUUUGUCAAGAGAACCAAAUACAGAACCCUCUGACCAGCUCCUCCGUAAAAGAAAUGUCAUGUGCAAUCAGUUGAGUCACAGACAUCUCACAAGGAAUGAAAGUAUUUUUGAUUUUAAUUUUGAAGAAUCAUUGGCUCCUAGAGACUGCUUUCAAGGAAUUCCGAAUUUUGUAGCUGAAAACAGAAGUCCAAAUUAUCUACAAACAAUGUACAGAGGGCAGACACCUCAGCAAUGUCUGUUUGAAAGACUUAGCUCAGAAAAUGGGCUUACCUACGGCCAAGAUCAAGUUUAUGAUCUCCUUUCUGAUUUCUCUCAAGUUGCUCCCCAAAUCAGAAUGUCUAAAUCUGAUAUCCAUCAUAGAUUGGCGACCAUAGUUCAGCAAACCAAUUACUCUCCUAACUUGAGUGAGAAAUCAUCUAUUGUGCAAGAUGGUUUAGAAAGUAUGGCUAUAAAUUUUCUUGUCAGAAAGCCCCAAGAGAAUAAAGAAGAAACUACUGAGUUUUUGCAACACUUACAGGUAAAUGUAGAGCCUCUCCUGGAUGUUUCAGAAAGAGCUCUUUCAGGACUAGUAUCGAAGACAAAUGUCUUGAAAUUGUCAUCAACUACUGAAGAACAGGUGCCUUCAAGGGCCUCCCAAUUACUUAAAAAAACAACAAAAAGAGACAACAUGUGUCAGGAAUUAACGGAGCAGACCAAGAACUUGAAAACUAAAGUAGAAGAAUUUUCUAAAAGAAUAAACCAGGAUUCUACUCCUUUAGAAGAUAGUAAACAGGUACUGGAGAAAUUGCAGGGUUACCUUGAUGUGCUGGAACAGAGCUAUUUGUCCGUCAAAGAGAAAUAUCAAACUUUACAGAACCACAAUAAAAAAUCUACAGCAUUUGGAGAGUUUGAUCCAGAAAGAAAAGUUGAAGGUGAAAUCUUUAAGGUUGAAAUGCUCCUUGGAAAUGUCAAAGAAAAAAUUGAAGAAAGCACAUCCAGUUCUUUUCUUCCACGUUCCUCUGAUACUCUGGAUCUUUUGGACUUUGCAUUAUGUCCACUCCCAAAUGAGGUCCCAAUACAAGAAAAUGGGCAUGAUCCUUCAGGAAAAUCUAAGUGUGAAAUAAAGCUUCUGGACCUUGGGAAACAAGGUCAAAGAAACACUCUCUUCUCUUUUCUCAAGGGGAAGGAUGAAAGUGUUAAUAAGAAAGAAGCCAUUCCAGCAAAGAGCCAGGAGACUCCCUCACAAGGGUGCCUUUGUGAACUCUACCCACCGAUCUACCUAGGAUUACCCAGGAGAGAUGAUGCUUUUGAUGCAGAUGCUCCGAAGCUUGCUUCCAAGGAAGAAGUGGUAACGCUAUCUCAGCUGGAGACAAAUCAGCUGGCGGUGAAGCUCUCAUCAGACUUAAUGAGGGCCUUCUCUUCUCUGGAGUCUGAUGAUGAUCCUGGAAGCUUAGAGUCCAUGAAGCAAUCUGUAUUGAGGCAAGAUUGGCACUCUGAUCAUGAACUCCCUGAAAGGGACAGAGAUCUCAGGAACCCAAGAAAGGAGAAAAAAAAUGAAUCUAGAAAGUCUAAAUGCGGAAGGUUUUCGGUCAUCAUUCAAGAAAAAGCGAUGAAUCUUAAUAUGUCUGAUUCCACUUAUUGUACAGAUGCAGGAGAUAGUGUAUUCUUAGACUCCUCUGAUACUUCAAAAACUGGUAAAUGUCUAAGUUGUAGGAAUAAACACCACAAAUCACAGAAAAAAGAAUUCCAUUAUAAAUACAACUGCACAGGUCAGAAUCCUUUAAAUGUCAAUGAAUGUGAUGGCUUUAUCCGGUUCUGUUCAUUAAGCAGAAAUGAAAGUUUUACUUCAGCUUUAGCUACACAUCAAAAAUGGGAUGAAAAUCUUGUUGAACAGCCAGAAAAUGAAUGCUCAAAGGGGUCUGAGAAAAGCGACUCUGUAUGUUCACAACAGAAAAAACAACAACCCCUGAGAAUUACUGCUAAAUCCUUCCAAGGUCAAGAUGAAAUGAUCCUUGCUGAGAAACAGAAUCCAAAGUCUUCCAAAUACUGCCGAGGCAUCUGCGAUCAAAUUGCAAACUCUCCCCAUCAUCCCUCCUGUAGCAUUUCUGGAAGCAAAGCCCUGUACAGCAUCCAAAACAUCCACAGAAAUGAUUCUGAGAUUUUAAAUUCCACCUUGGACUAUGCCCUAAGGACUGCCAUCACUUUAAAAGAAACGACUGAGCAAAUGAUACAGGCAAUUGCCAGGGACCUGGCCAAAGCUCAGGGUCACAGAAGCUGCCAGAAGUUCUAG